AUGAAUCCCCAAAUCCCUCAACAAUCCCAAUCCCCUGAGUAUACCAUCCGCACCCACCGACCAGGAGACAUAGGCUGGAUAAUCCAUCGUCACGCAGCACUAUACGAAAACGAACAAGGCUGGGGCACAAAAAUGGAAGCUCUAGUAUGCAAAGUGGGCGCAGAAUUUCUGGAUAACUACGACGUAUCCAUAGACCGGUGCUGGAUCGCGGAGCGCAACGACGAGUUCUUGGGCUGUGCCGUUCUUGUCCGAGACAGAGAGCUUAUCGACACAGCCAAACUACGCCUGCUUCUUGUUGAGCCUAGUGCGCGGGGCCUUGGGCUUGGCCGUGCUUUGAUUGAGCAGUGUACGCGGUUUGCGCGCGAGACGGGGUACGCGCGGAUUCGACUUUGGAUGCAGAAUGUUCUUGUUUCGGCUAGGAGGCUAUAUGCAAAUGAAGGGUAUCGGCUUGUUAGUGCUGAGGAUCAUGUGGUUUUGGGGAGGGGCAUUUUGGGGAUUGUUGGGAGUUGGUUCUGUGAGGGAGAUGUCUACUUCCGAAAAGGGAAAGUGAAUCUAGAUGAGUCGUGUGCAGAGUUCGGAAUGCUUUCUCUUGAAUUUUUGGAUUCAGCACUUGUCUUGAGAUUCGGACUUCUAGAAAAUGUAAUAUGA